UUUUUUUUUCCUGAACAAUUAAACAAUGUCAAAUUCUGAUUUCCUUUCUAAAGCUAUUGAAAUCGUGAAAAAGGCGACGGAAGAAGACCAUAAAGGCAAUUAUAAGGAAGCAUAUAAUUACUACCAGAAUGCAUUAGAGUACUUUAUGACAGCCAUAAAAUACGAGAAAAAUGACCGCUUAAAAGAUCCCAUUCGAAAGAGAUUUGUAGAAUAUCUUGAUAGAGCUGAAAUGCUUAAAGAGUUUUUAAAUGAACAAGAAAAGGAACAUAAAGAGCCUGUAGGAGCAAAUGGAGUAUCAAAAAAGAAAAAGGGUGAUAGCUUAUCAAACAACGCGGAUGACGAUGAUCCAGAUAUGAAAAAAAUGAGAGCUAGUUUGACAGGGGCUAUUCUCACUGAAAAGCCAAAUGUCAGAUGGGAUGAUGUCGCUGGUUUGGAGGGCGCUAAAGAAGCAUUAAAGGAAGCAGUUAUAUUACCUAUUAAAUUUCCACAUUUGUUUACAGGGAAACGUAAACCUUGGAGAGGUAUUUUACUUUAUGGACCACCAGGUACAGGUAAAUCUUAUUUAGCAAAAGCAGUAGCUACUGAAGCCAAUUCAACUUUUUUCUCUGUUUCAUCGUCGGAUCUCAUAUCAAAAUGGCUUGGCGAGAGUGAACGUUUAGUAAAACAAUUAUUUCAAAUGGCUCGAGAAAACAAGCCUUCUAUUGUAUUUAUUGAUGAAGUAGAUUCUUUAUGUGGAACUCGUGGCGAAGGUGAGUCAGAAGCUUCAAGACGUAUUAAAACAGAGUUUUUGGUUCAGAUGAAUGGUGUGGGUAAUGAUAUGGACGGUGUACUUGUUUUGGGAGCGACAAAUAUUCCCUGGCAACUGGAUUCAGCUAUUCGAAGAAGAUUUGAAAAGCGUAUAUAUAUUCCUCUUCCUGAAGCACAUGCCCGUGCAACAAUUUUUGCUCUAAAUGUAGGUUCAACACCAUGCACUUUAACACAAGCAGACUAUAAAAAAUUAGCUGAUAUGACUGAGGGUUAUUCAGGUUCAGAUAUUGCAACACUCGUUAGAGAUGCACUAAUGCAACCUAUUCGUAAAGUCCAAAUGGCAACUCAUUUCAAAUGGGUCGAAGCUCCUUCAAGGACAGAUCCAUCAAAGAUGAGUCGCUAUCUAACACCUUGUUCGCCUGGAGCAGCUAAUGCCCAAGAAAUGACUUGGGUUGAUAUUGAACCUGAUCAACUUUUAGAACCUGAAUUAACGAUUCAAGAUUUCUUAAAAGCCGUUCAGAACUCGAGACCCACUGUUAACAAAGACGAUAUUAUGCAACAAGUUAGAUUUACAAAUGAUUUUGGACAAGAAGGCUAAUUAUUAUACUAUACAAUUUGUUAAUCUAUUUUAUUCUUUAACCUUAAUAUAUUUAUAUUUAUAUAUACAUAUAUGUUUUGCUAUGAUUAUUAAGCAAAAAAUAUAAAACACUAAUAUUCUUUUGUUUUUAUUAUUAUAUAAAGUUUGCCAACAAAGAAAAAAAAAAGUAGCGUGAUAACCAUUAAUUACAGCAUUUUUGGAUAGGUCAAUUAAUAAUACAAAUUUGAGAAGAAAAAAAAAUAAAUUUUCCGUGAAGUAAAAAAAAA